ACAGCAAUUUGAUAUAACAAAACUGAGUGGUGAGAGACCCAAUUGGGAAAUGUGUUUCCAACAUGUCAGCAGAAGACUUCAGUGCAGUCUUGCUGCUCAAUGGCCAGUACGGCAAAAACACUACGAACCGACAGGUGGCACAGAUCGUAACAGGAGCAGGGAGGAAAGUUUACAGUACCGUUUUGGAGGAUACAGAGGAGGACAGAAAGUGUGCUGAGGCUGAUGCAGUGGAGCUCAUCCUCCCAACCCACAGUCAGGGAGACACAAGGAAACCCAGUCUGGAUUGGCUGACCUUUGACCACCCUGCCCGCUAUCCCAGUCUCCCCAAGGAUGUUGGGUACAUUGUGGGUCAGGCUGAGGUCACCAGCAAAGCAGCAGCAGCCAUUCAGGAGCAGCGUUUCCCCCAAGCCAACCUCGGUCUUGUCAUCGAGACGAUACCAGAGGACACAGAGAAGUACAAGGAAGAGGAGAAGGCCAUGUGCAUUGGAGAGAUGGAAGACUCCAUCAGACAAGAUGCUGAGAAGGCAGACACUGUGUUCUCUGUAGGACAUAACAUAUUCGACCACUUCACCAAUUCCUUUUGUGCAAUCCCUGAAAACAAGAAGCCAACUCACCUUCUCUUCCUGCCCAAACCAUCGGACUUGUUCCAGAACAAUACAGUAAAGUACAGGGAAACCAACGAGAGGGUCGUCCUGUCCAUCGGUGGGGUCAACAAGGUAGAGAGGGUGAAAGGUUAUGACCUUGCAGCCAAGUCCUUGGUAAUGGUGGCAGAAACAAGUCUGGAGAAGAUCCUUUGGCGGAUUUGUGAUAUAAGUGAGGAGGAGUUUCAGGCCACAAUGUCCAUUCUCCAAGCCAGCAUCAACUCAGGAAAACUGAUCCCCACACUUUAUCCACGCUGCACCCAGGAAGACAUCUGCCGACACAUGCAGCAGGCCCACCUGGUUCUCAUGCCCUCCCGUGCAGAACCCUUCGGACUGGUCGGUCUGGAGGCCAUGGCAGCCGGUGUGCCGGUCCUCAUAUCUGACCAAUCAGGACUGGCCACUUUGGUCAAAAAGGUCAUACCAGAAUUCCAUCACUCUGUACUGGAAAUAGAGGGUGACGAUUCUGUAGAUGUUGGACGUUGGGCAAGUCAGAUUAAGACGGUCCUAAGGAUGUCUGAAGCAGAGUUCAGGAGGGCGACAGACCUUAAAGUGAAGCUACUGAAGUCCAGGUAUUGGGAGGAGUCUCAUCAGCAGUUACUACAGGCUUUUGGAGGUGCAGCUGGUAACACAGAGAGGACCAGACCAGACUAUGACCAGUCAUCACAACAUUCAAGACCUGCCAGGCUGGCUAUCAGGCAAACUGACCUUCCCGUGCAUCUAAACUUGGCUGCAGUGCAGCCACCAACUGCAAGGGGGCAGGCAGGGGACAUUGAUGUUAUGCUGUCAAAACGGCUUCUAAAACUAGAGAAAAAACUUUUCACAACAAAGGUGCUCAGAGACCGCAGGCGCUACAAGAAAACAGUAAAGCUUUUCCUGUCACACAAGGCUUUUUUGUUGAAAGAAGCUGUGAAGGGAUCGAUCCUCCUCCUCCUGACGUUCCUGCGCCAGACUGAUGUGGACAGGUUCUACCACAACCACUACAGGGUGGGGGAGGGAACCCUGUCUCAACAACUCUCACACAUCCUCAUCUCAGACGACCUACAGGACAAGGUCAAGGGCGCCCAGCUGAUCGUGAGGCUCCACGUGAAGCAUGAAGACUAUGUGCAAGUAAGAGACAGACUGGGGCAAGGUGAGAACCACAACUUAUAGUAUUACUGAUGGCUU